AUGGACGAAGAAAUGGACGAAACCGAAGCCGUUCCUCAGGUUUUCAUGGCAUGCAUUCAACACGGGCAUAGAAUUGGAAUUUCUUACUACGAUUCCAGCAUUCGUCAACUUAACGUACUGGAAGUUUGGGAUGAUGGUAGCUCGGACUUUCCAAUGAUUGAGCUUGUGAAAUAUCAAGCCAAGCCCGUGAUCAUAUACACAAGCACUAAAGCUGAAGAAUCCUUUCUGUCAGCUUUACAAGGAAGUGAUGGAAUGACAGAGGCUCCUACAGUGAAGCUUGUUAAAAGUUCGAUAUUCACUUUUGAGCAAGCAUGGCACAGGUUGAUAUACCUUCGAGUAAUGGGAAUGGAUGAUGGGCUAAACAUCAAGGAGAGAAUUUGCUAUCUGAGUUCUAUGAUGGACAUGGGAAGUGAUGUCCAAGUUCGUGUAAGUGGGGGCCUGCUUGCCAUAUUAGAGAAUGAAAGGAUUGUAGAUACCCUUGAGCAAAAGGAAUGUGGGAAUGCUUCAAUUACAAUUGAUUCCGUCAUUGAAAUUUCAUUGGACAAGUUUCUUAAGCUUGAUGCUGCAGCACACGAGGCAUUGCAGAUCUUUCAAGUAGAUAAACAUCCAAGUCAUAUGGGAAUUGGUAGAGCAAAGGAAGGGUUCUCUGUGUUUGGAAUGAUGAACAAGUGUGUGACACCAAUGGGGAGACGUCUUUUGAGAAACUGGUUCCUCAGGCCCAUACUUGACCUGGAAAACUUGAACAAUCGUCUCAAUGCUAUAUCAUUCUUUCUUUCUUCUGAAGAAUUGAUGGUUUCUCUAAGUGAAACUCUGAAGUCUGUGAAGGAUAUCCCUCACAUACUAAAGAAAUUCAACUCACCAAGCUCCAUGUGUACAAGUAGUGACUGGAUGGCUUUUCUGAAGAGUGUCUGUUCACUCUUGCAUGUGAACAAGAUAUUUGAAGUAGGCAUUUCUGAAAACCUUCGGGAGCAUAUGGAGUUCUUGAAUUUGGACAUUGUUGCUAAGGCUAGUGCAUGCAUCCCAGCAGAUCUGGCAUUUGUCUAUGAAUUGGUCAUUGGUGUUAUUGAUGUAAAUAGAAGUAAAGAGAAGGGCUAUGGGACAAUGGUGAAAGAGGGUUUUUGCGAUGAGUUGGAUGAGCUGAGACAAAUAUACGAGGAAUUGCCAGAAUUCCUAGAAGAGGUGGCAUCAUUGGAGCUCGCACAACUUCCUCAUUUGCGCAAAGAGGAGUUUGCUCCUCGUAUCGUUUAUAUACAUCAAAUAGGAUACUUAAUGUGUUUUUUUGGAGAGAAACCUGAUGAAAUCACACAAGAGAAACUUCAGGAUUUUGAAUUUGCAUUCUCUGAUUCUGGAGGGAUAACAAGGAGAUUUUUUUAUCGGACACCAAAAACACGAGAGUUGGAUGACCUUCUCGGAGAUAUUUAUCAUAAAAUUCUAGAUAUGGAGAGGGCAAUUAUCAGAGACUUGGUCUCACAUGUAUCAACGUUCUCAACACAUCUGCUUAAGGCUGUGAACUUUGUGGCUGAACUUGAUAGCUUUUUGUCAUUGGCAAUGGUUGCUCGCCAGAACAAUUAUGUGAGGCCUACUUUAACCAUGGAAACCUAUCUUGACAUACAAAAUGGAAGGCACGUUUUGCAGGAAAUGGCCGUAGACACAUUUAUCCCUAACGAUACAAGGAUUCUUGAUGAAGGAAGGAUUCAUAUCAUUACUGGUCCUAAUUAUUCAGGGAAAAGCAUCUACAUAAAGCAGGUGGCUUUAAUUGUUUUCCUUUCUCAUAUUGGAAGUUUUGUACCUGCUGAUGCUGCAACAGUAGGAUUGACUGAUAGGAUAUUCUGUGGUAUGGGAAGCAAGCUUAUGACUGCAGAACAGUCGACAUUUAUGAUAGAUCUACAUCAAGUGGGAAUGAUGCUAAGGCAAGCAACUUCACGAUCUUUAUGUUUGCUGGACGAAUUUGGUAAAGGCACCCUUACGGAAGAUGGCAUUGGCCUUCUUGGUGGGACCAUAAAUCACUUUGUCACCGCAGAUGUUCCACCAAAGGUUCUGGUGUGCACUCACUUGACCGAGUUAUUUAAUGAAAGUUGCUUACCAAAGUCUGAGAAAAUCAACUUUUACACCAUGAGUGUGCUGCGGCCUGAUGAUAACGCAACUAAUGUUGAAGACGUCAUAUUUCUCUACCGGCUAGUUCCCGGACAUGCAGCUCUGAGCUAUGGGCUGCAUUGUGCACUUCUAGCAGGUGUGCCAAAAGAAGUGAUUAACAGAGCAGCGUUAAUCCUGGAUGCUAUUGAAAAUAACAAAAACGUUGAGCGAUUGUGCGAUGAGAAAAUAUCAGCCAAAGAUCAGCAAUACAAGGGUGCAGUUGAUAAGAUGCUGGCAUUCGAUGCGCUCAAGGGUGAUCUCAGUGCCUUCUUCCGAGACAUAUGACUACCUCAAACCUAAACCAUGAAAGGUAUUCUUGCACUGUCCCAGACAUUCUUUUCCAAUAUUUGGUACAUUGUACAUUCUUUCUCAUAGCAUCAAUGGAAUCUACAUUCCCCCGAAUGAGUAACUGAAGAAUGAUUAGUAUUCAACUGUCUCUAGGUUCUUU